GUUGUUGUUGUUGUUGUUGCUAUUUCUUGGGCCGCUCCCCGGGCAUAUGGAAGUUCCCAGGCUAGGGGUUGAAUCGGAGCUGUAGCCACUGGCCUACGCCAGAGCCACAGCAAUGCGGGAUCCGAGCCGCGUCUGCAACCUACACCACAGCUCACGGCAACGCCGGAUCGUUAACCCACUGAGCAAGGGCAGGGACCGAACCCGCAACCUCAUGGUUCCUAGUCGGAUUCGUUAACCACUGCGCCACGAUGGGAACUCCUGCUAUAUUUUAUUGAUGAUGCUUUCGAUGCCUGUUUUUUUCUGAAUACGCACUAUCCUCAGCCUUCCCACUGGAGCUUUAACUGCCUUCACAUCAGUCAAAGGUGUCAGUUUAUGACCUCAUUCAGUGUUCUUUACAUAGCUGAAUGCAUGUCUUUUCUAAUUUCACCAUGCUAGGCUUUAGCUGAUGAUAAAUUCCCUGGGUCUUUACUAUGUAAAUCACCUCAAAUCCUGUUUUAGAACAAGGUAUGGCAUAAAUAAAGAGAAUCUGUACACUUCCUGGGAGGACAAGUAUUCUGUCUAUAAAUGGUACAGCAGUACUCUGCAUAGUGAUUUCCUGCUUAUGAAAACUGCCUGCUUUACUCUAUUAAAUCAAUAAGGUGUAUCAUUUCAAUUCAAGGCCUUGGGCCAAGGGUCUCUUCUUCUUGUACCUAACCACCUAGAGAGGAGAUGGGUUCAGGAGAAAUAGUUUUGAGGGAAGCAUAUAGGGAGGUGGUUAUAAGCACUCAGGAUAAUGAGCCCAAUGGAUCUGGGUUUGCGUCCCAGCUCUGCUCUUACUGGAUGUGAGACUUUAGACAAGUUUUUUAUUCUCUAUGAGUUUCUACAUCCCUACCUUCUUUAGGGGGUUGCUUAGAAAUUAAGACCCAGUACUUAGUGAAUGUUCUGUAAACAAUAUUAUUAAAGGGAUAGUUUCUUUGAAAUAAUUUCAGAGCUUGAAUACUAGAUAAUGGUGAGUCUUACGUGGUUAUAAAGCACAAAACAAUGAAACAACUGACAUGAUCAGAGUUCCCACUGGAGGGGUUGUUUUUUACUUUCUCCCAUUGCUGUGAUUUAAGAAUCAGGAAGGAAACCAGGCCUCUAAUGUGGAUACAGCCUGCGGCUAUGUGUUUAGAUAAAUGAAUGAUGGGAGUGUAUCCUGCGUAAGUCAUUUAAUUUCUUUGUAUCUUAUUUUAUCUUCUGUAGAAUAUUGAUUCAUGGAAAACUGAUGGUUUUGGAAAUCCCUCUUUAAAGAGAGUGUGUUUACAGCCGUGGUUAUGUUCUUCUAUGAACAUGGAUGUGUUGCCUCUCAAAUCCCAUGUCCUGCUUUCAGUGGACUUACUGAUGAAGUGUUUGUGUGUGCAUGUCACAAACGCCCUCAGGAGAGUGAAAGCCAUUUUCACUGAGGUCUCAUUGGAAAUGAGCUGGCACAUGGGCUGGAUAUAAUGCAGGCGUGCUCUGCUUUAGAGAAGACCAUUCACCGACGAAUUUGCAGAUUGGCCUGAAGAAUCAACAGAACAUGAUUCAAUCAGAGACCCCUGGGGACUCCUCUAUGCCUGCAAGUUUGGCUACAACAGGAGCGGUUAUUGGCUGCAUAUUGAUUCAUAUUUGACCUAUCAAAGAAGCAUAUUAGAAGUCAAUAGUGAUCAUCAUGAUCAUUCCUGUUUACUUUUUCACGUGUGGCAAGAUCGUCGACAACAAGUGGGAGGCCUACCUGGGGCUGCUGCAGGCCUAGUACACCAAGGGGGAAGCCCUGGAUGUGUUGGGCCUGAAGUGCUACUGCUGCCACUGCAGGCUGCUGACCAACUUGGACCUGAUUGAGAAGCUGCUCAACUACGUGCCCCUAGAGAAGUGACCAUGCAGCUGACGCACAGUGUUUUGCCCAGAGACCUUCCCCAGGUGGAGAGCUGGAGGCCUGCCUGCCCACAGCCCUGUCCACAUGUCUCCCUCUCUGGAAAGAAUCAUCCAAUAAAUGCUUUUGAAGACCACAAAAAAAGAAAAAGAAAAAGUCAACAGUGAUUGAUUCCAAAAGAAAGCAUUAAUUCUUAAUUCAUACAAAACAUUCACUGUCCUUAAAAGAUUUGGAAAUAAAAGUACUCAUCCAGAGCAAAAAAAAAUGGAAAAUACUUAGCAGACUGAGUUGCUUUGAGAAUUAAUACUCUAGACAUAAAGUGCAAUAUAAACCAUGCAUACAGCGCCUGACAUAGACUCAGUGAAUGAUAUUGAACUGAGUGGAUGGAUGGCAGGAGGAAGGAACGAAUGAACAAAAGAGAGAAGGAAGGAAGAAAUUAGCAGAAAAUUAGGACUUACACUAUAU